ACUGUCGUGAAAGCACAUCGACGGAGAAAGACGUGAGAAGGACGCUAAUAAGUCAGUCUUAAUAUUUGUUCUCCAGUUUGAAAUAUUUACGUCCUAUAAAAUACAUCUUUGAUUCUUUAUUCAAUGAUAAAAUGAUCUCGAUGUGCUAGAAGCACUUUGCUGCUUCUCGUGCUCGUUUAUUGUUAGUUAGCCUAGCUCGCUAGUUAGCUUAGCUUGUUAGCUGCUAGCAGAAGUUAUCAACACAUCGCUAAGUAGAGAUCAAGUGUGAGAGUAAAGUGUUGUGAUUGUGUGAAAAUGUCUACAUUACACAUGUUGAGAGCGUUGGUGGAUCAGCGACUAACUGCUGCCGUUGAAGAAAUAUUUGUAGUGUUAGAAAGAACGAUAGCAGAAUACGAGGCGGAACUUUCUAGAACAAAGGAGCAGAACAAUCUACUAUUGGACGCUGUUUUCAAGAAACAUCAAGUUGUGUUACACAGAACAGACAUCCAGCAGCCCCCUCACAUGAAAGAGGAAGAGGAGGAUCCACAGCCCACCCACAUGAAAGAGGAAGAGGAGGAUCCACUCAUGAAAGAGGAAGAGGAGGGAGAGUGUGUUGUAGGGCAGGAGGAGGAUUAUGUCAGCAAGUUUCCACUGACUGUUGUCUCUGUGAAGACUGAAGAGCAUGAAGACAAAGCACCUGAGUCCUCACAGCUUCAUCACAGUCCAAACGUCCAGCGGGUGUCAGCGGGGAGUCAUGAAGAGGAGUGGCACACCAGUGUGGGACAGAAGGAGCUACAGGCCCCCUCCCACAUUAAAGAGGAGCAGCUUCAUGAUGAAGAUGAAGCUCAGUCCUUACAGCUUCAUCACAGUCAAAGUGAGGAGAACAGAGGGGCGGAGCUUGUAAGUCAACACAUCACAGAAGCUGAUGGAGAGCAUUGUGAAGAUAUCAAGUCAGAACCAGACAGCAUCUUUGCUCCACUGUCAGACAUGGACCACAUGAUGUCACACUCUUCUGAUCACAGUGACCACAUCCAAAAACCUUUGGAGAGUAAAAAUGACUCUAAAGGUGAUACGAGACAUCACACUAACAACAAACACUUUGACUGCUCUGAAUGUGGGAAAUCAUUUAGACAGAAGAGUCAUUUUACAGUACACAUGAGAACACAUACUGGAGAGAAACCUUUUGCUUGCUCAGCUUGUGCUAAAAGAUUCAACACUAAUAAGGAACUUAUAUUACACGUGAGAACACACACAGGUGAGAAACCUUUUACGUGCUCCGUUUGUAAGAAGAGUUUCUCCACAAAACAGUACAUGACCACACACAUGAGAAUACAUACUGGAGAGAAACCUUUUGCUUGCUCAGCUUGUGCUAAAAGAUUCAACACUAAGAAGGAACUUAUAUUACAUGUGAGAACACACACAGGUGAGAAACCUUUUACUUGCUCCGUUUGUAAGAAGAGUUUCUCCAAAAAGGAACACAUGACCAGACACAUGAGAACACACACAGGUGAGAAACCUUUUGCUUGCUCUGUUUGUAAGAAGAGUUUCUCCAGAAAGGCACACAUGACCACACACAUGAGAACACACACUGGAGAGAAACCUUUUGUUUGCUCAGCUUGUGCUAAAAGAUUCAAAUCUAAGAGGGAAAUGAUAUUACACAUGAGAACACACACAGGUGAGAAACCUUUUACUUGCUCUGUGUGUAAGACGAGUUUCUCCAGAAAGGAACAAAUGACCACACACAUGAGAACACACACUGGAGAGAAACCGUAUAGUUGCACUGUGUGUGAUAAGAUGUUCAGGUUUAAGAAUCAGGACAGUAAACACAAGUGUGUAACAGUCAUGGAAAUAGGUCUAGCCAGGUUCUCCAAAAACAACCUGGAAUGGGACGUCUGUGAAGAACAACUUCUGCCUGAAAAACAGGAGAGUAGCUUCAGGAUGUUGAAGGAGGAUCCACCAAAGAGGAAGACCAGGCACCACGGACCCUCUGGCUUCUCCUUUUCCUCUUUGACACAGACCCUGCCCUGUAAAAAGGAAGAGGAAGACUUACUGACCCCCCACAUUAAAGAGGAAGAGGAGGAACACAGCAUCAGUCAGGAGGGAGAUCAUAUUGAAGGACUGGUGGAGUUCCCAGUGACUGGUGUCCCUGUGAAGAGUGAAGAUGAUGAGGUCAAAGGUGAAAGUGAGGAGAAGAGAGAGGCGGAGCCUCCAAGCAGCAGCUCAACACAACACAUGACAACAGAAGCUGAUGGAGACCACUGUGGAGGAUCACAAGCAGACAAGAUCUUAGCUCCACUAUCAGAUAGUGAGGACACAACGUCACACUCUCCUGACACUGAUGAUGAAGACUCUAAAGAUGAUAAGACAUGUCACACUGACAACACUCACUUGAAGUGUUCUCACUGUCACAAAACUUUGAAAUAUCCUAGUCAUCUGAAAAGACACAUGAGAACACACACUGGAGAAAAAACUUUUAUCUGUUCAAUCUGUAGUAAAGAUUUUGUAGAAAGUCACAAAUUGAAAGUACACAUGAAAACACACACUGGUGAAAAACCUUUUUCUUGUUCAAUCUGUGGUAAAAGUUUUACAGGAAGUCAAUAUUUGAAAGUGCACAUGAGAAUACACACUGGUGAAAACCCCUUUUCCUGUUCAACCUGUGGUAAAGGUUUUACAGGAAGUCAAUAUUUGAAAGUGCACAUGAGAAUACACACUGGUGAAAACCCCUUUUCCUGUUCAACCUGUGGUAAAGGUUUUACACUAAGUCAACAUUUGAAAACACACUUGAGAGUACACACUGGUGAAAAACCCUUUUCCUGUUCAACCUGUGGUAAAGGUUUUACACAAAGCCAAAAUUUGAAAACACACUUGAGAGUACACACUGGUGAAACACCCUUUUCCUGUUCAACCUGUGGUAAAGGUUUUACACAAAGUCAACAUUUGAAAACACACUUGAGAGUACACACUGGUGAAAAACCCUUUUCCUGUUCAACCUGUGGUAAAGGUUUUACACAUAGUCAAGAUUUGAAAGGACACAUGAGAGCACACACUGGUGAAAAACCUUUUUCCUGUUCAACCUGUGGUAAAGGUUUUACACAAAGUCAAUAUUUGAAAGUACACAUGAGAACACACACUGGUGAAAAACCUUUUUCCUGUUCAACCUGUGGUAAAGGUUUUACACUAAGUCAACAUUUGAAAGUACACAUGAGAACACACACUGGUGAAACACCCUUUUCCUGUUCAACCUGUGGUAAAGGUUUUACACAAAGUCAAAAUUUGAAAACACACUUGAGAGUACACACUGGUGAAAAACCCUUUUCCUGUUCAACCUGUGGUAAAGGUUUUACACAAAGUCAAGAUUUGAAAGUACACAUGAGAGCACACACUGGUGAAAAACCUUUUUCCUGUUCAACCUGUGGUAAAGGUUUUACACAAAGUCAAUAUUUGAAAGUACACAUGAGAACACACACUGGUGAAAAAACUUUUUCCUGUUCAACCUGUGGUAAAGGUUUUACACUAAGUCAACAUUUGAAAAGACACAUGAGAACACACCCAGGAGAGAAAGUGUUGAGUUGCAGUGUGUGUGGUGAAAGAUUCUCUUAUAACUACCAGUGUAAGAAACACAAGUGUGCUGGUGAGAACAGCAGCAGCAAAUGAAACUGCAGGAUUUGAAAUAAACUGUCAAGACUUUAAUGUUGACUUUCUGACAACAUCAGCACAUAUAACAUGUGUGACAUUGUUGUUUGUGUAACUAUCUUGUUAAUAUUCUCCUACAUUUUUUUUUAACGUUGAUGUUCCAGGUAAUCUUAUUUUCAGUGAAGGUUUAGGAUAGCCAAAUAUAAGCUUUGGCUUCAGCCUAUUCUUUUUUCGGUCACGCUUUUUCUUUUCUUUUCCUUUUGUGUGAAAAUGUGUAUAAUUUUUUAUAAAUGUAUAGUCUGUACUCUUAAACUGGUCACACACAAUGGU